AUGCGGCUACUUUUCUCCUCCAGAAAUCUCCCGACAACCUCCGGCACAUUCGGAGGUUUCCCGGAAGUGAUCAGGGUGAGAGGAAUCACUCAAUUCCAUUCUCAAUGGCGCAAAUAUUCAACAAAAGAACCACCGUCGCCACCAACAACUCAACUAGAAGGAAAACACUACCCAAUUGACGAAUGGACAAACAUCCCUUCGCACAUCUCCUCUGCACUCUCGCGAAAACUCCACCUCCAACCCUCCCACCCGCUCUCGAUAACCAGACGCCUCAUUGAAUCCCGCUUCCCUAGCCCGACGUACCAAUAUCACAACGACCUCUCCCCCAUAGUCUCCGUACACCAGAACUUCGACUCCCUCGGCUUCCCCAUCGACCACCCAGGUAGGUGUCGCACGGACACCUACUACAUCAACAAGGACACUGUCCUGCGCACGCACACCUCCGCGCACCAGGCCGACACGUUCCGCUCGGGAACCUCAGACGGAUUUCUUAUCUCGGCGGACGUGUACAGGCGGGACGCGAUCGAUCGGAGUCACUACCCUGUUUUCCACCAGAUGGAAGGAGCAAGGAUGUGGUCACGCAAUGAGUGCGGAGCCUCGGGGGGAGUCGCAGCCGUGAUCAGGGAGGAGAUUGAGAGUAUGCCGAAGCAUGGGAUUAAUGAACCGUUGAGGGUGAGGUGGGUGGAGGCGUAUUUCCCGUUCACAAGCCCUUCUUGGGAACUCGAAGUGUAUUGGCAGGGGGAUUGGCUGGAAUUAUUAGGGUGUGGUGUCGUUAAGCAGAGCCUGCCAAAAAAUGCCGGGAUCCCUGACAAGAUCGGCUGGGCCUUCGGCGUCGGCCUAGAGCGGGUCGCUAUGCUCCUAUUCGGAGUCCCGGACAUCCGCCUCUUCUGGUCCCUCGACGAGCGUUUCCUCGGGCAAUUCAAAGGGGGGGAGGUUUCCAGAUUCGUCCCGUUCUCAAAAUUCCCGCCCUGCUACAAAGACAUUGCCUUCUGGCUACCCAAUUCGAGUAGUGCUGCUGGGGGCCAGGUGCCAUUCCAUGAGAAUGACAUGAUGGAGAUUGUUAGAAAUGUUGCGGGAGAUCUUGCGGAGGAUAUCGACGAAUUCACGCAUCCAAAGACUGGGCGAAAGUCGCUGUGCUUCCGGAUCAAUUACAGAUCACUCGAAAGGACCCUCAGGAAUGAUGAGGCCAAUUCUCUCCAACAAGCGGUUAAAAGAGUCCUGGUUGAGGAAUUUGGUGCCGAAGUACGGGAGAAGAGUGAAAAGUAG